UUACCUCACAACCAAAAACUCAAUUUUCCUCUCCCACUGUUAUCUUUCUUCUUCUUUUCUCUCCCUUACAAUUAUUGUUAUAUAUAUUGCUACAUAAUUUUCUUUCUUUCUUUCCUUUUGACAAGGUCCGGUACUUUCUUUCUUUCAUUUUUCUCUCAAGCGUUGUGGACAAUUGGCAUAAUUGACAUGGCGGAGGAGCAGCCUAUAAAGGUGGAGCCCGAGGCGCCGUCAUCGGAGCCGCCACCGGAAGCGAAGGCGAAGCCCGCUGAGGAACUUCCCAAGGAUGUCACCGAGGAGAAAUCUGUAAUUCCACAUCCUCCUCCUGAGGACAAGCCUGAUGAGUCCAAAGCACUUGCUGUUGUUGAUAAGGAACCUGAACCGGCUGUAGAGAAAAGGAGCAGCGAGGGUUCCAUUAAUCGAGAUGCUGUACUUGCAAGAGUCGCAACAGAGAAACGGUUGUCCCUUAUCAGGGCAUGGGAAGAAAGUGAGAAGUCCAAGGCAGAGAAUAGAGCUCAUAAGAAUAUAUCUUCCGUUGGGGCAUGGGAGAACAGCAAGAAAGCUUCAGUGGAGGCUCAGUUGAAAAAGAUUGAGGAGAAUUUGGAGAAGAAAAAGGCAGAAUACGUGGAGAAAAUGAAGAACAAGAUUGCUUUGAUCCACAAGGAAGCAGAGGAAAGAAAGGCGAUGAUCGAAGCUAAGCGCGGCGAAGAACUUCUCAAGGCCGAGGAGUCGGCUGCGAAAUACCGUGCCACGGGAACUGCCCCCAAGAAGCUCCUCGGUUGCUUUUAAAGUUAAAAAAAAAAACCUUCAGGUCUGAUUGAUAACAGAUUUUAUAGUCGUUCCUUUGUCUUCUUCUUUCUUUGUUCCUUCUCAUAUCUCAGGCGUGGUUGUUUCUAUAGUGGAACAUUGGUUUUAUUCUAUGUUAGCUUUGUGUGCAUAUUUAUGUGUAUAGUUCAUUUUGAAAUAACAAAAAUGUAAUUUAUUUGUGAAA